UAUUUGGAGAUGCACAGUAAUAUAUUUUAGUUAACCUCAAAGUCUGUGGCGUCUGUAUAGGCCAGAGAGCUGCCUCUGUAGGACGACAUUGGUGAAAAGUUUUAGUUUUUUCUGAUAGAACAAGGUGAAAGAAAGUUCUCCACUCUGAUUUAACAAAGCCCAGUUGAGCCCAGUUGAGCCCCUCAAAGGUUUGAAGGAACCAGUGAAUCCAGCAGCCGUUGGAGGGCCGUUAGAGGGCCGUUGGAGGACGGUUGGUGAACUGACGCUGUACGGACGUUAGCGGCUAACAGAGCUAGCGCAACGGUCCGUCGACAUUUUAAUGAUUUAUCGAAACCCGUAUUGACUGCUUCUGUAUUUAACUUCGUCGAAUGGAUUUUUGUGAAGAUGGACAGCUUCAAAGUCGAUCCUCAGAUACAAAUGGCGGUGAAACGUGGCGUGAUGUGGUCCUCCGGGCGGGCAGCGACCCCGCCGUGACCCGCGACCCCAGGGCACUGCACAACCUGACGGCCAUCGAGAAGAGCUGCCAGGUGCCUCCGUACUUCGGCAGAGUCCAGACAGACAUCCAGCCGUACAUGCGAAAGAUACUGGCAGUGUGGAUGUUUCAGGUGUGUGAGGAGCAGAAAUGUGAGGAGGAGGUGUUCCCGCUGGCGGUGUAUUACCUGGACUGUUACCUGAGCCGCUUUGCCAUCGAGAAGUCCAACCUGCAGCUCCUAGGGGCCGUGUGCAUGUUCCUGGCCUCCAAAAUGAGAGAGACUGUCCAUCUGACCGCCAGCAAGCUUUGUAUCUACACGGAAAACUCCAUUUCAGUGUCAGACAUCCUGCAGUGGGAGGUGGCAGUGGUGUCCAGGUUAGACUGGUGUCUGGCCUCUGUGGUACCCUCGGACUUCCUGGAGCCAGUUCUUGACGCGCUCCCCUUUGUUGAACCCCACCACCUUCCAAACAUGCGCAGGCAUGUUCACACCUACAUUGCUCUGGCAGCCACUGACUGCAGGUUUUCAGGGUUCUUGCCCUCCACCGUUGCAUGUGCCUGCGUGAGCAUUGCCACGCUGAGGCUUAAGUUAGUGGAUCCUGCCGUCGCUUCUGAUUCGGUUAUGAAGUUUUUGGCCAACCUUUUGGUCAUUGAUCUGAGCUCUGUCCUCCACUGCUAUGACCUGCUGGGGAGUGUGCUGGAGCUCAGCCUGCCCUCUGGUUUCCCGGCUAGUGUUUGCAGAUCAGCAGCACACAGCUCAGAGGUCAGCUACACUCCUGCUGACAUUCAGGAUGUUGUAUUGACACGCGACAUCAAGCUAAAACACUCCUCCCUGCCUGAAUGAAGAGUGAAUUGUACAUUUACAGCCAUCAGACAGAACACAAAACCUAAAUACCAGGCGAAAUGUGUCUAAAUGCCAUUUCUCCUUCAUCUUCAAUGUUCUUUGCACGUUAAUUGUUUUGGAGAUCCCUCUGCUAAUUCAGUUUGAGAACCUGAGAAUUGUUUCAAAUGUCCAUCCUGUUGCUGCUCGUUUUAAAGUAUUUUGCAAUUGCUGAAGCAGCUUUGUAAAGUAGGAUAUGAUUGCGCCCUUCAUUAGUAUUUAGGGCCACAUUAACUUUUUUGUGAUACUUCGUUAAAUUGCACUGAAUCCUGUUAGCAGUGUUUGCACCUUUUUAAAUGUAUUAUCGUCUAUAGAUAUGUAUUCAUAUAUUUUGCAUUUAUUGUAAAUGUAAUAUUAACUUUAUAUCUGGACAGUUCUGAGAGGCUUGAAUAGAUAUUUCUGCACAGCACUGAAAUCCCUUGUGACUAUAAAUCUUUACUGUUAAACUGACAUAAGACAUUUGUAUUUAGGUCAGUAACAACAUGAGUCAGCAGUUCUUUGUAGUUUUUUU